AAAUAUAAAAGCAGCUCUAAGUGAUUUAAGCUAGGCAUCUUUUCUAUGUUGGCUUAACCCAAGAAGCAAAAACCAAGUCAAUCAUCAUCUAUUGCUAAGAAUUUCUGUAUCUGCAUAAAGUAAUAGUAUCCUUUGACUGUAACAAAGUUACCUGUGCUCAGAAGAAAAGAGGUAAUUAAGGCUAGUAAGUCUUGGAUGCUUUCUUGUUGCAUUUUGAAUGGAAACCUAUCCAAUUAGCCUUGGAUUCCACCAGGAGAAAAAAAAUUAUCCAUUUUAAUAUGUAGUGUUUUAUGUGAAGAAGUUAAAUGUAACUACUUAACUUCAUCUUCUAAAUGCAAUAUUGCAGAUGUGCAGCCAUAUUGGUGUAGUUCCCUUUUAUGGGAGACAUAUAGGAAGCCUUUUAAAAUUUGGUUGGCAUGAUUGUUGUAUGUACUUACAGGAUUUAUGUAUUACUUUUUUUGCCAAGGCAGUUUUCAGUUUUCCAAUUUUCCCAUCCACUCACCAGCAGAUAAAAAUAAAAUGCAAGUGUACCCAGUCCUCUUCCCUGGCCCUCCUCCUUUCUUUCUUUUCACAGGGCAGAUGAAAUGUUUCCUUUGGCACUGUGUGCGGGAUGGGACAGUCUGACUAGCUCAGGGCCUGAGGGUGCCUCUGCUUGCCUCCCCUGGUAAUGCGGUGACAAGCUGAGCAGUGAUGUGAAGGAGGGGGAGAUGGUCAUGAAGACAAACAUAACGCAAUGGAGAUGCAAGUGAACUGGAACGCACAAGGCAGUACAUGAAUGAUGCUUUUCAGUCUGGGUCAAUGACUUGCUUGAUAUGUAUUGCUUCAAUUAAGAGAAUCCAAGCGGUCUGGAGUUGUUCUGGAUGUUUCUGCAUAUUUCACAUGCCAUGCAUUCAGAAGUGGGCUAAGGAUAGCCUUUUCCUAAUAUCUUCCCCCUUGACAGAUGAUGAUUUUGGAAAGAAGGAUUAUCCAUGGCCAUGUCCAAAAUGCAGGUUUGAGUACAAGCGAUCGGAGACUCCCACUCGAUAUUACUGCUAUUGUGGAAAGGUAGAGGAUCCACCACUGGAUCCCUGGCUAGUUCCACAUUCUUGUGGCCAAGUAUGUGAAAGAGAUUUCAAACCUUCCUGUGGACACAAGUGCCUGCUGCUUUGUCACCCAGGCCCGUGCCCACCUUGUCCAAAGAUGGUCACAAUAACCUGUUACUGUAAGAAGGCGAAGCCUGUGCCACGGAGGUGCAGUACGAAAGAAUGGUCAUGUCAGCUGCCCUGUGGACGAAAACUGCCAUGCGGACAACACAACUGUGAGAAACCUUGUCAUGCAGGAGACUGUCAACCCUGUCCAAGAGUCAGUAAGCAAAGUUGUGUCUGUGGUAGACAAGCAGCAGAAAGACUUUGUGCAAGUCCUUUAUGGCAUUGCGAUCAGGUGUGUGGCAAAACAUUGCCUUGUGGCUAUCAUGCCUGUGAACAGAUUUGUCAUGGUGGCCCCUGUGGUGAGUGUCCUCGAUCUGGCAAAAGGUGUUGCCCAUGUGGAAAAUCAAAAUUUUCUUUACCCUGUACGGAGGAUGUGCCUACUUGUGGAGACAGUUGCGACAAAGUGCUUGACUGUGGAAUUCAUAAAUGUUCGCAGCGCUGCCAUCGAGGUCCUUGUGAAAUCUGUAGACAGGAAGUUGAAAAGCAGUGCCGCUGUGGAAAGCAUACAAAGCAGAUGCCCUGCCAUAAGCCAUACCUUUGUGAAACAAAGUGUGCAAAAAUUCGUGACUGUCAAAAACACCAGUGCAAGAGGAAGUGUUGUUCUGGAAAUUGCCCACCAUGUGAUCAAGCAUGUGGACGAACUUUAGGAUGUCGGAAUCACAAGUGUCCUUCAGUCUGUCACAGAGGCAGCUGCUAUCCCUGUCCUGAGACUGUAGAUGUGAAGUGCAAUUGUGGCAAAACUGUUCUCAAAGUACCCUGUGGUAGAGAACGUACCACCAAGGCCCCCAAAUGUAAAGAGCCAUGCAGGCAGCCACCUACCUGCCAUCACCCUAGUCGAGAGAAGCACAGCUGCCACUUUGGCCCUUGUCCUCCUUGUCGUCAGCCCUGUAAGAAAAUCUUUGAGAAGUGUGGUCACUCCUGCCCUGUUUCUUGCCACGAUGAAGCGCUCGUAAAACAAACCGGUUCGCAUCAGCCUGCAGGCCCUUGGGAACAGUCAAAUGAACCUGCAUUUAUUCAGACAGCAUUACCUUGUCCUCCAUGUCAAGUCCCUAUUCCAACGCAGUGCCUUGGGAAACACGAGGUGCGUCCAUUGCAAUGUCAUGCUGUGGGUCCCUUUUCCUGUAAGAGGCUUUGUGGAAGACUGCUCGACUGCCAGAAUCAUACAUGCAUGAAAGAAUGUCAUAAAGUUACUGGAACAGAUAGUGACAACGAUAUCCAGAAGGCAGGUCAAGAAUGUUCUCAGUGUGAAGAAGAAUGUUCCAAGCCACGACCACCUGGAUGCCCUCAUUCAUGCUCUCGGCCCUGCCACCCUGGAGAUUGCCCACCAUGUGCCCAAAUGAUACGUAUGAAGUGUCACUGCAAACUCACAAGCCUGUAUAUUGAAUGCAUAAAAAUCACAUGUGCUGAUUUAAAGAAAAAAGAUGAGCUGAGUUCCUGCAAAAAUCAGUGUCCAAAAGAGCUGCCCUGUGGUCAUCGAUGCAAAGAGAUCUGCCAUUCCUCUGACUGUCCUCAGAAUUGCAAUCAGAAGGUUAAAGUCCGAUGUCCUUGCAAGAGACUCAAAAAGGAGUUGCUGUGCAGUAAGGUUCGGGAAGGCCAGUUUUUGUUAGAAUGUGACACAGUAUGCAAGGAAAUGAAACGGAAAGCUUCUGAGAUUAAAGAGGCAGAGGCCAGAGCUGCCAUUGAAGAGGAAAAACGAAGACAACAGGCUGAGCUGGAGGCUUUUGAAAACAGGCUAAAAGGGCGACGGAAGAACAAGAGAAAAAAGGAUGAGGUUGAAGUUGAACAAUCUGUAUGGCAAAAAUAUAAGAACAUGAUUGUGUUGCCAGUAUGUGGAGCUGCUGUUGUAGUGGUUGCAUGGUUCAUAGCCUACAAUGACUAAAUUGUUCUGUUUCAAAACAUCUUGUUACGAUUAUAGGAAACUAACUGCUAAAACGCUAUGAUAUAAAUUAGGAUUUAAUGUUCAGUUACAGUUUUUAAUCCUUUUCCUCUCAUCAUCUAGAGAAAAUAAACACCAACCCCAGUCUUUAUACUUUACUCCUAAAUCAGUUAAAAAUGCUGAGAUGAGAUGAUAUGAUUGACAGUUGUGUAAUGUAGGUGGCGAUAGCAUGCCAUAUUAUUUUUGUAAGUCUAAUUGAGAACCACUGAGUACUGUCCCUAUCAGCAACUAUUGGUUUCAUUCUGUUUAUGAGGAUUCCCAUGUGUGCAAUACCUGAAGGUGUAGUCAUCUUUAACAGUAUUGAUCACCUCUUGACAGGUGGAAGAAGGAAACUAUCAAAUUAUCUAUCACAGAUGACCACACCUACUUGCUGUCAGACUAUUUAUGAAACUCUGAUCUCACAAGAGUCUUUGUACCCACAGCCCCAAAAUUAGAUGUUACUUUAACACACAUGCACACUACAGCACAGUUUUGCAUGCAGAAAUCACCCUUGCUUGGUUCAGAGCACUUGACUUCAAAUGCAAGCACUGGGUUGUGAAUUAUGUUGUUAUCUGAAGUCAAUAUUUUAAUUUUUCCAUCUUUCCUGUAUUAAUGUAGAUCUUCAAAAUAAAAUAUGAAGCUACACUUGCUGCUUAGCAGUUCUAAUUAUACAUUCUUAAAAGUAUAUUUUCCAAUAUAGUACAGGUAUACUAUACCUCCAAGAUAAAUUUUUGCUCAAGAUCAUAUUUCUAAAUAGAAAUGUCAGCUUUUUCUCAUAGACCUCUUUCAAAACUGGUCACAUGCAAAUAGACAAUUAUAUUGGACUUUUAUUUCAAGUUCUACUUUUGCUGUUCCCAACUGAAAAAACAGCAUUUAAGGAUAUUGCUGUCCCUCUGGAAAAAAAGCUUUCACAAAGAAAAUUUACUUUAAAUAAAUGAGUAUCUAUGUGUAUAAAAUGGCAACUACAAUUUAGAGAACAGUAUAUGUAUAUGUGAUAAGUUAAUUCUUGAUUCAGAUGUAUAGAAAUGUACAAAGAUAAGAAAUGUUGUCUUAAAUAGAUGCUCUCAGAACUGGAUUUUAAGUGUAAAACCAAGUGGUUGGUUAAAUGUCCUAGCUAACCUAGUAAAUGUUUAUAUUAAAAAACUGGCAUCCUUACAAUUCAAAAGAGAUUGAUAAUUGCUUAACAUCUGAACUAUUGUAGUAUUAUAGAGAGAUAAUAUUGUCACAAUAAAUGAGGAAGUUCAUCUAAUUCUUUUGCUAGUACUUAAAAUAUUACUGAUGGUUGGUUUCCUAUUUAAAUUUUGUGCUCAUUAGAAUGGCCUAAAUCCAAGUCCUGCAUCUUGGGCAAGCAUCCCAGGCAAAGUCUUGGUAGGAAUUAUUGGAGCCCUAAGCUGAUGUUGCAAAUAACUUCAAGCUGGUAUUGUCACAUAUUGCUACCUAUGGGUUUGAUCUACUUGUUAAUAUUACACAUUGCAAAAGUAUCUUAGCUUAAACAUAUCCACUGUUCAGGGUUAUUUAUAUCAGAUGUAUGGUGUGCAAAUUCUGAACUGUUUAUUGGAAAUAGAGGUGCAAAAUCUUGUAGCUUUUGACCUGCUAUAUUUACAAAAGAGCAAGGUUAUUUUGUUUUUUACUGCUUAAAUUAACUUUGGAAGAAACCUAUCCUGCAAUUGUACAUUGUUAGAAUCUUAACUAACUUAUAGCUGACUUCUGUCCACAUGAAUAACUUAGGUUGUCAGAUUUCACUUUUAGGAUAUGUUAGCAUGAACCACUUAUUUUUGUACUCUUAUUAAAAAAGGAGAGAAAAUCCAUCUGUCAAUAUAGAUAAAUUGAUGAAAACCAAUACCAAUUUGAGUCUUGUGCUUCUGUAUUAUAUGUUUGGUAGAUCACUGUUCUCUUGGUUGGAAUGUUGAUGAGAUUUCUUAGCUUCUUAACAUAAGUAACUGGAAAGCUAAAAGCUUUUGGCUACUUCAGCACUAGUAUUAAAACAUUUAUAUUCUGUUUACAUCAAAUAAUUUUAGCUUCAUUUGGAAGAGAGUGGUUCCUUUCAUGUUUUGGAUGUUCAACUGGGGGAGAAUUACAAAAGCAGACACAAUUUAAGUGAACAAAAAUCAGAAUCACUUGCCAUCUCUUGAUAUGAAUAAGGGGAGAGAGCCUAGCUCAGUGCUACUUUGUGCAUGUUUGAGUGUAUACUUUGCACGCAGAAAGUCACAUGUUAAGUCCCUAGUAUCUCCAGUUAAAAAGAUCCCAAGUUGCACAUGAUGUGAAAGACGAGUUCCUGAAAUUCUGCAGAGCCAUUGCCAGCCAGAGCAGACAGUAUUAGGCUGGAUGGACAAAUCUGGCCUGGUUUAUGGCAGCUGCUUAUGUGAUUAUGACUGCCACCAGGAUUUUUGUACUGGGCAUGCUAUUCAAUAUGGCAUUCAGGAAAUCUCAGCUUUCAUCAGCUGAAAAAGUUCUUAAGCUUUAUGGCUAUAAAAAUAAGAGCUGAACGGGUGUGAACAAUGCUUGAUGACAUUGGGAGUGAUGGCGGUGAAUUGAUGUUCUAGUGGUCAUUAGUUGGUUUUUCCUUUCACUGAAUUAGCUCUUUUCCUCCCUGAAGCAAGCAA